GGUUAUCAACUUCAGAUGGAAUCUAGCAGCUCAGUUCUCGCUCAGCUGCUAUCAGCAGCAGUUCUUAUGCGACAUUCGAUGGCAAUCAUUGCAACUCAGAUGUUUAAGCUGCAGCUGACGCUGUUACUGUUCAGCCUCAGUUUACGCAUUGCGUUGACCCAGCGCCGAUCACCCUACGGGUGUUCCAGUAUCUUCAGAUAUCAGCAGCAAAGCGAUCAUUGGAUAGGGAUUCUCACGCCCCCAGAGGAUGGACUGAAAAGCGUCAAAUGGCUGGUGCGUUUUGCGUCUCAUGGCAUAGACCAGAAUGGAACAGUGAGUUCACUGGAUCCUUAUCCGGAUAAGCAAACCGCUCUCCAAACAAUGCACAACGGCGGACGAGCCGAAUGCUUUGUGCGCUUCGAUGGCUACGUUCAGCUGGUGCCCAAGGUAGAAUACGUCGAGCUGAAUGGGCAAGUGUUGUGCACUGGCAGUGGAUACGCAGCACCCUAUUCAUCGAUGACGCGCGAGCUGCACAUGGCUCUUACGUCACAGACUACGCAUGAGCACAGGAGCACAGGAUUAGUUAAUGCACCCAUAACUCCUAAUCCGUGGACGACAACGACUACAGCAAGAUUGGCUACAUCGGUUGGGUCAAAUGGUGGUCGCUGGGAUGCCAAUCCGUUUUUGAAGCCGCUGAAGAACAACAGAACAGAACCUGUUGUCACUGUGGAUGCGCGUCGUGACCCGGCAGAAGAGGAGUGCGGCUUGGAGGGUUAUGUUGCCUUACAGAAUGGAGGUGAAAUCGUGCCCAGAGGGCGUUUUCCGUGGCUGGCUGCGCUCUAUCUCGACACCAAUAGCGACCCCAAUAAGAUUGAGCUAAUCUACAAAUGCGUGACUUCACUAAUCUCUGCCCGCACGGUCAUAACGGCGGCCCAUUGCAUCUACGGCUAUACGCCGGCCCAGCUGAGAGUCUAUGUGGGACGUCAUGACACAAGCUUGCAUCCUGAAAAGGAUGCUACUCUGAUGACUGUGGAGAGCAUGCGCACGCAUCCCGACUUUGUAGGCAAUGUGGUGCCUGACUGUGAUGUAGGUCUACUCGUGCUCGCCGAGAAGGUGCAAUUCUCUUAUUACGUGCGGCCCAUUUGCCUGUGGAGCAAAGGCAUCUCGCUCGACGAAAAUGAGACUACUGUCGCCGGCUGGGGCAAUGAUGCCAAUUUUAAGCCAACGCGCUUCCCUGUAGCCGUUAAUGUAAGCCUGGUGUCCAGGGAGAAGUGUCUGUUUGAUUUGCUGACUGCCAGGGACUUUCUGACGCCUCGUACACUCUGCGCGGGUAACAGCCAGGGGCAUGGGCCCUGCCUGGGCGACUCCGGAGGUGGAUUGAUGGUGCUGCACAAUGAUCGCUGGUACGUGCGAGGCAUCGUCUCCCUGGCUCAACGCGCGGGACAUGGCUGCAACUUGUCGCGUUUCGUCAUCUACUCUGACGUUGCCAGUCAUCUCAGCUGGGUGGAGCGUAAUAUUGUGAGAUGAUAAAUAAA